UGGAAUCAACUUUUCUUAAUCGAUUCCAGAUAAAUCGAUGCGAUCGACUUGGCGGCCGGGUAUUAGAGUUCCUGCGCAGCCUUUUCUCCUUCCUUUUUGCCGAAUGUGUGAGCCAUGGCCCCGAUAAAAAAGCAGGUGGUCAGGAAGCAGGGUGGGAAGAGGAAGAAGCAGAUCCUAAAGUUUACCCUGGACUGCACCCACCCCGUGGAGGAUGGCAUCAUGGAUGCUGCCAACUUUGAGCAGUUCCUGCAGGAGCGCUCUGACACCCCGACCCGACGGCCAACCCCCUCCCCGAGUUGGUCCCAAAAGUUCCUCGGAACACACCGACGCGACGCCGACGCGAGCCCAUUUCAGUUACAGAGCUCGCCUCCCUACGUGCAUACGUUCCACCAAAACAAGUUCCUUCCAGAGGCUAUUUCGCAGAGGCACCGUACCUGCGCCCGGCCCUUAGCUCCGCCCAAGACCAUUGGGAUUGGUUCAAAGAAACGCCAGUACUUGAAGUAUCUGACCAAGAAGUACCUGAAGAAGAACAACCUGAGAGACUGGCUGCGGGUCGUGGCCAACACCAAGGAGAGCUACGAGCUGCGCUACUUCCAGAUCAACCAGGACGAGGAGGAGGAGGAGGAUGAAGAUUAAACUUCACAACCCUUUAAAUAAAAUUCCAAACUAGAAAAAAAAA